AUGGCUUCUCUGCGGUUAUGUCGUCUGCAAGGAGCCAUCGGGCGACCUCGUCUAGAUGUACUGCCCAAGACUCGCUUCCUUGAGGGCCUCCCCCGGGUUUCAUUUUCCUUCGGAACUCACAAAGAAGAACCGCGAGACUAUGUCUACGAAACACAGAAGGCUGCACCAACGCUACCACUGAAGCACAGACUCCCGCCGCGCUCAUGGGAUAGCCAUAUGCACGUCGUGGAACCCCAGCGGUAUCCCAUCGCCGCAGACGCAGUGUACCAACCACCUUCGCAUACGCUCAAGGAUGCCAUGGCCUUCGAGUCGUCUAUCGGAGUCGAAAACAUCGUUCUUGUGCAACCAUCAAUCUACGGAACCGACAACUCGUGUCUUUUGGAAGCACUGAAGAAAACUGGCCCCUCUCGCGGACGAGGGAUAGUGGUGAUCGAUCCGGAGACCGUCGAACCCUCAACACUUGCGGUAUGGCACACUCUCGGUAUCCGCGGCGUCCGAGUCAACCUGAAAUCCGUUGGCAAAGUGAUGGACGAGCAGGAACUGGAGGAGACUUUGCUCAGACAUGCGGAGAUAGUCCGUCCUCUGGGAUGGAUCAUCCAACUUUGGGUUCCCCUGCAUAUGCUACCGAUGCUGGAACGCAUUGUCCCCCGAUUAGGCGUCAAAGUUUGUAUCGACCAUUUCGGAGGGCCUGAACUUUCCUCGAUCACCUGGAAAGAUGAUGUGGACUUGUCUUUCGAUCCUUACUCGCUUCCCGGUUUUUCGUCUCUGGUCUCCCUGCUCCGUGAAGGAAAGACGUACGUGAAGAUCUCGGCACCUUACCGUCUCAGCAAGGACAAGCAAAUGCGGGAUAUCCAGGCCAUUGCCCUCGAACUCUUACGUGUGGCUCCUCAACGGGUGAUCUAUGCUUCGGACUGGCCCCAUACACGAUUUGAUGGUAUGAAUAUCAGGCCCUUUACGGAAUCGUGUUUACGAUGGUGUUCAAGCCAGCCAGGACUGGCUGAACGAGUUUUCCGUUUGAAUACAGAGGAGUUGUUAUGUUGA